AGGAAGACUUGGCAUUGACAUACAAUCAUUAUAAGCUCAUUUCGUACCCUCCCGCUCCUGCCAUUGUAGAAGUUGCUCACUCAGAUCACACUUAUCCUUCUGAAAAAUUUCUUGCUUUCUCUAGAACCAUGUCUUCUUCUUCUUCAGAGCACAAAGAUGACAAGUUCUCAACUUCUGGAAUGAUCAAAUACCUAAGAGACCAUCCUCCUUCUCACUACUUGUUCAAAGUAAAGCCCUUUUCCUCGGUGCUCAAGUCACCGUUGGAAAAGCAUGAAUCUGGUGUUUUUGAAGCUGGGGGCAACAAAUGGAAGUUGGUUGUGUACCCAAAUGGAAGCAACAAAGCUAAUGAGAAAGAACAUAUUUCACUCUACUUAGCAAUACAAGAAACAGAGGGUUUACCUGAUGGUUGGGAGGUAAAUGUUGACCUUAAACUGUUCAUCUUUGAUCAUUUGGAAAACAAGUACUUGACAGUCCAAGAUGCUAAUGGGAGGGUUAAGACUUUCCAUGAGUUGAAGACUGAAUUGGGUUUUGAGAAAUUUCUGCCUCUCAAAACUUUGAAUGAUAGAGAUAAUGGAUACCUUGCUGAUGACUGUUGUAUAUUUGGGGCUGAGGUGUUUAUUAUUCAACCCACUGGGAAAUCCGAACGUCUUUCCAUGAUUCAAGAAUCGAAUGGAGGUUCUUUCUCUCCAAAGCUCGAGAAAUUUUCGAACUUCGGAGAUGAUUGCGGUUACGGUAGCUCUAGCUCUAGCUCAAUUGGACGAAGAAAUGGGAUAAUGAGAGUUCAUGUUCAGAAAUUAUCUGAUCAGGAAAAUGGUAGUUCAUUAUCUAUGUCCCAGAGGCUAAAGAGUGUCUUAUCAUCUGUUUUCCGAAGGCAAUCCGAUGGUAGCAGCCUUCCAUCUGAUGAUGAAAAAGAAGUCGUGGAAGACAAGCUGCCAGAGGUGGAUCAAUACCAUGGUAUCUCAAGAACAACAAGAGAUCUUCCACCAGCCCACUACUUGUUUGAAAUAAAGUCAUUCUCGUCUCUGCCCAAGCAAGAUGCAGAGAAACAUGAAUCCAAUCCUUUCGAAGUCGGGGGAUUGAAAUGGAGAUUGAGUCUUUACCCAAAUGGAUGCAAGGAAAGAAAUGGAAGUGGGCAUAUUUCCCUUUACUUGAGAAUUUUGGAGACAAACACUUUCCCUCCUGAUUGGGAGGUUUAUGUUAACCACAGACUCUUUGUGUUUGAUCAGAAGAGAGACAAUUACCUAACAGUUCAAGAUGCUGAUGGGGUGGUGAGGCGCUUUCAUGAUAAGAAGACCGAGUGGGGCUUCGAUCAGUUAGUAUCUCUUGAUACUUUCAACGAUACUUCGAAUGGAUUUUUGGUUAAUGAUUACUGCGUAUUUGGAGCAGAGAUCUUUGUAAUUAGGCAUACAUGUAGAAAGGAUUCUGCUUCAAUGGUGAAAAAUCCUGCUAACUACAAUACAUAUACUUGGAAGAUUGACAAACUUUCUGGGUCCGAAGAAUCUUAUCAGUCCGAAAUCUUCACAAUUGGCGGACGAAAAUGGGUGUUAGAGGUCUAUCCAAAGGGAUAUGGAACAGCCAAAGACAAAUGGCUCUCCCUCUACAUGUAUUUAAGUGAUGGUACAUCUCUUCCUCUAAAGCAGGAAUGGAAUAUAGAAUUUAAGUUUCGGCUCCGAGAUCAAGUUAACAACAGCCAUCUUGAACGUACAUCUAAAUGGUGCUUCAAAUAUCCUUUCGCAAAUGGUCGAGGAUUCGGAGAUUUUAUUUUAUUGACAGAUCUUCGUGAUGCAUCCAAAGGUUACCUCAAAAGCGAUACAAUAAUUAUUGAAGUCAUAUUUACUCUUAUAACUGUUCGUGAUAUUUUAUUGGAAGUAUAAUCUUUAGCUAGAAUCUUAUCUUAAUUUUUCAUCUUUUAAGUAUGAAAUUAAAAAUAAUGACUUUGCCAACUAAAGUCUUUCCAUUUCCAAGACAAACUUUUGUGAUGUACGAACAAUUAGUAGUGUUUGCUGUGGUAGAAAGCAUCCAUGCGAUGAACUUCUCAUUGAUCUGCAGGUAAGACUGAGAUUUCCUGCAGAGUUCACUCUGAGAAUUCUUUUAGCCAUAGCAUGGAAACUACCGAUUAAAAUAGGAUCUUGAAUAAAUUCAGAAUCGAAUGUGUUCUUCUAUGAAAAUCGUUAUAAUAUCAACUCCAUCGAUAAUAACAUAAUCAAAAGUAACCAAGAGCCUUAUACACCCAUUAGCGGAGCAAACUUUAUACAUAGCAAUUCUUGCAGACGGGGGAGGUGUUCCGUCUGUAAGAAUUGCUGCGUAUAAAUUUUGCUCCGAUUAUGGGUGUGGUUCGGAGGCUCUUUUGGCUGUUUUUGAUGAUGCUAUUGCUGAUGAAGUUGAUAUCAUAACAAUUUCGAUAGGAGCAUCCGGCUCCGAAUUUACCCAAAA